AGGAACAUGGCAGCUAAGGAGAAAGAAGACGCGAAAGUUCAACCGUUGAUGAUAUUUUAUGAUAGUGAAGCCGCUAAUGGAAAUGUUUACUGUGGCGAUAUCAUUGAAAUAGCUGCAAAGUGCCAUCCUGAUGUUGUGAAAGGUUCUUUUCAGUCGCUGAUAAACACCAAACAACCGCUGUGUGCCUUCGCUGCCAGAGAUUGUGGUCUGUCACAGGAGGAUCUAAGCAACAAGCCAUUCUUCAGGGAGAUUUUUCUUAAAUUUCUUUCCUGGAUAGAUGACAUGGUGAAAUUAGCCAAAAAGAAACAUGGGAAGCAUUUUUUUCCAGUGUUGUGUGCACACCAUGGCUAUCAAUUUGACUUCUUGAUUUUACUGAACAACAUGGAGAGGUGUGGAUUACAUCACUCAAUUUUGACCCAGCACAAUGUUCAUUUUGCAGAUACUUUGGUUUUCUGUCAUGAGUUGAAAGACAAUGGGGAGAAGUUGUUGGCCAACACAAGACUGUCCCUUGAGGCGCUGUAUAGAAAAUUCUUUCCAAAGAAAAUUUUUAAAGACAGACACAGAGCCAUGGGUGAUGUAGAUGGAAUGGUUAAGAUCUUCACACAGACACCACUCCGCAAACUACUUCGCCUCUUGAAGUAUUCAUCUACCAAAGAAAGAUUGGAGUAUUACAUCUCUCAGUGUGGAAAAAAACAGCAACAAGCCAUUUUAGAAGAUAAACUGUGUAAGCUGGAUGCAUGCAGUAAGAAUAUGUCUAUAAAGAAACUCUUAAAGGAGGGAAUUACGUACAACACUCUCAAAAGAAUCUUUGAAGAUUGCUGUUCUUUUAUGGAUUUUUAUGAAGUCAUGAAAACCUAUGGUAUUGAAAGGAAAGUGUCAAAGGUUAUAGCGUUACAUUUCGGUGGACUAGGGCUUCAAAAUCAUGGUUUAACAGCGUACCCAAGGUUGCACGAAGAGAAACCAAACAAAGCGAGUUCAGAAAGUCACCAUGCUGAAAGAAAACCACAACCAAACAUGGUAAGUGUGAACAGCUUAGAAGAUGGCAAGUUAUCUGAAAGAGAGAAUGGUACUGAGGACUGGGAGAGAGACUUAGUAAAAGCUGCACCUCGAAGUAGCUUCACCCUGAAGUGUACUACUCCUGCUCCUCUGAGCCUGGUUCUUGAUGACUUAUCGUACACUCAUUCAGAGAAGAAUGAAAUAGGCGUUGAAUCUCCAAUAGGAAAAGUAAAGUCUGAAAGAACUCAUUCCUCGCACAAAUCUGAAGGAGAACAUUCCCUGUCUGAGAUGCAAAAUGUUGAAGUCGGUAAUAAGAGUUCACGGGGAAAAACCUCCGGAGCUGAAGCUAGAAAGGGUUCUACUGACUCAGCACCUCAUGCACCAAAGCAAAGAGAUGAAAAGACUGUCAAAGGGAGGAAAUCUUUCAGAAAAAAGAAACCAGACGGCAUGCUUUCCAAGGAAGUCGCCUUUUCAGGAAAAGACAACAGAAGAGAUCUAGUCAAACCGAGGCAGUCCAAGCUAAUAAAUCCUUCUGUAAAUGACAACUACAUUACAAAAAACAAACCAUCCGCUCCCUGUUCGUCUUCUGAUAAAGGUAAACCAGAGAGUGAGCUGAAGGAGCAAGCUUUUGAUGGAUGUUGCUCCCCAACUGAAUGUUCAGUAGCAAAGUUACAGCUUACGGAAAUUUCUGGCGCUUCGUCCACAACAAACCUGGAGCAUAAGUUCGCUAGUGUUCUUAUAGGAGACAUUGCUAUUCUCGUUCCUGUUGAGUGCGAUGGCAAAGAUUGUGAUUCUAAUGUAACUGGUGUAAAUGAACCUGAAGCACAUACUCUAGGGAAGAGCAAGGAACUUAGUUCGACACAAGAAAGUCCAGUCUUUGACAAUGUACCUUCAGUCCAUGCUGUGCAAGGAACAUUUGAAACACACUUUGAAGACCUGACUGAAGGAGAUAAUUUCGAUCCUAACAAGAUAACGAAGUCUUCACAGCAGAAUUGCGAUCUACCUCCAGGUAAUUCGGUGAAACCUGUUGUGCUGAAUUUUCCCUCAGAGCAUGAUCGGUCUCUUCCAAAAUCACCUGAAAGUUCUCAUGAAACAUGCUUCGAAGAGCAACCUGAAGUCAACGAAUCAAAUCUUAGUGGUGCCAUUGAGGUGCAGUUUGAAUCGUGUGAAGAAAGUACCCUGAAAUCUAGUUUUGUGGCAUCUGCUGUUCGGUCUGACGGAGACACGUGUCAUGCACACCCAUCAUCUUUGGACUUUGAGCAGUCUCCUGGAAAUGCCCUGGUACAUGAUCAAAUAACAUGUGAAGAAGAGAAAGAAAAUGUUAGCAAUUAUUUACAUGAAGUAAGGACAAGUACCAACUAUUUCGUUCCUCUUGUUAACCUAUCAAGUAGUGGUUUUCAGGCCUUGAAGGAAACUGAUCAAGGCAACUCUAAAUGUAUCUUUGAUACGAAUAGUUACUUCAUGCAUGAAGCGUGCUCGGCAAACAAACCCCCACGUCUUAACGGCUCAACGGUAGAAAGAACCAAUGGUUUGAUUUCUUCAUGGGAAGAAAUUUCAUGUGCUCAUUUACCCAACUCUGCUUUACCACCGUCCAGUCCGAUAGAAAACCCUUCCCUUGGAAGCUGUGGUAUGAAUCAGGGUUUUGCAUCUGAUCUUACAAGCACUGAGAGUACAAUUCAGGCACGUGGUGAUUUCCUUGCUGAAUUGUCAUCAGAGAGCAGCAGUGCCAGUGAUGACCAAUCCGUAGACGACCGUGCAUUUUCACGUCAACCGCCCCUCGGUGAGGAGCGGAGAUAUACCCCUGACACAGUUCACCAGCAAUCAAAUCAGCUGCCUUUGGCAGGGAAUGCAAGAGAAGUGAUAACUCAACAGCCUUCAGGUCCCUGUUUGUAUUACAGUCAAGCAUCAUUCCCGCCACUGCAGGGUAAUCCACAUAGAACUUUCUACCAAGGGUACCCCGCGUUACCUCUGUUGAAACCAUGCUACCCGUCUUUCACUUUCUCCACUCCUGUUCAACCUGUGAUGGCAUCUCACCUCAUGCAACCACCGCAUCCUCAACAGGUCUUUAUGCCACCGUUCCAGUACAGAAAUCAAAUGAUGUUCUCUAACUUAGUCCCACCAAGCUUAGGCCUUCCAUCUGUGCCUCAUGCCCAACUUCAGCCACAGUUAUUUCCAGUUUUUCAAGCUGCCACGGCCUUUCCUUGCUUUUCCGGUGUAAAUCUUUAUGAGCAAGCACAACAGGCAGCUGGUCCACCUGUUGAUGCCAGUGGCCAACUGGUCUUUACUCAUUCAGCAACUGCACUCUCCCAAGGUGGUUCUGUCGUCAGUGACUCGAUGGAUUCGUGCGGCUCGCAAGGUAGUUUGGUGGAUUCCAGUUCAGAUACGUCUUCAGUCGAUAGUUCAUUUGAGGGAAUGAUGACUUCGCCAGUAAAUCAGACAGAUGAUAAUUUAAAAUCUUUCCUUGCUAAGGCAGAUAACGACUUCGGCUAUACAACGACGGUAGCAUACAAGGACACUCAGAAAGAACCUAAAGAAGAUUUCAAAGAAAACAACCCACUGUCUGGACACAAACAUGAGAGCCAAGUAGUUACGUUAGCAAAACUUUGCCACAUGAAGGUAUCUGGUAGUGACAUCAGCUCAAGCCACCAAUGCUGUGAAAGUCAAGAGGACCUCGUGCAUAAACAAGUUACAAUUUUGUCCCAUGAAGAGAGUGUGAUGGGAAUGGGAAGGCGACUGUCACCGGAUGGAAGUAGUGUGGAGGGCGUUUGUCUCGAUUUAUCAAGCAACGAUUUCAAAGACGAAUUUUCAAAAGAAGCAAGUGGAUCUCCAAGUGAUUGGGACAAUUUGUCAAAAGAAUGUUGUAGCUAUACUCAAACUGUUGUGAAAGAACUGAAGAAUGGAAAUAUUAAAGAUAGUGGUCCAUCCCCAAAACCGCAGCGGAUCAAAGGAAAAUGUUCUCGGAGAUGGAAAAGUACCCAAUCUUCGUCUUUUUCAACCUCAUCGCAUGACGAUCUUUUUCCAGGAACUGAGCAACUUUCAGUAACUUGUCUUACAGUGAAUGAACAGUCUUCCAUCUGUGAGAAUAAUAACAAUUCUUUUAAACUGGAAGAUGGUGAUAUAAGCUGUGUCAACGAUACAGGUCAGCGUUUGAAAACAAGGAAGAAUCACAGGAGAGUGCGAUUUUCUAAGCGGGACUCUGCUCGAUGUAGAGAAAGUUUUUCAUCGCUACAGCAGCCCUCUAAACGUCAGGAAAAUCAUAGUAUUGGUAGAACAACUCGUGAAGUCUGGAAAAGAGGUCUUACUGACAAGUUGAAGGGGCCAUUUAAGGAAAAGUCAUCAAGGAAGGGAACUUUAGAGGAAAAAGUGCCCAAGCUUGGUACAAAGAUUGACAAGAACAACAAUUCCUGACUGGAAAAGGUCUCGCUGUGGCUGAGAUUGGGAGAGAUAAGAAAGAAUUUCGUCAAAGCCUUCUCAUAAUUUAAAAAGUAAUAUUAUGGCGAAAUGUUUAUGUGAAUUAACGGUCAAGUGUUAUUUACUAAGCUCAGAAAGGAUACAUCAAAUUUCUUAACUGAAUUGUUCAUUAGAUUUGUUGAAACUGUGUGGCAAUCUUUAUUAAUGAUGGAGGCAAGGAGGGAGCUAUUUAGUUAAAGGUUGGUAGAAAGGUUGGUAAAUAGGUAGCGUUGAUUUCCAACAAGGCCAGAUGAUGAUCAACGAGGAACAAGUUAUUGUUAGUUUUUGUUGAAUUUACUAAAAUAAAAACGUGCUUUGGAUAACAGAAUGUAGAAAGUUCAGGUCAUUACUUAUUUAGGCAAAGUUUAAGCGAUUUUUCUGCUUCAGUGCGUGGGUUUCCGAACUUUAAGUAGUUAUUUUAUUGAUAUUGUUACUGUUGUAAUUUCCAGGGCGUAUUUUUAUUUAGUAGAAAUAUCAUAUUCUACAAAAAUUAACAUUUCAAGAAUAUUUUCCAAAAUUGUUGAAGGGUAAUUUAAACCAAGAAGUUUCGGUGUCAUCACGAAGCUUAUAUGUAUGUCAGGCUAUCAUUCAGUGUGUUUAAAAAGAUUCAAAACAGAAAAAACUUAUGCCUACUUUUACAGUUGCCUUUUUUGAUUUUUGUCUAACAUUGAUAAAGGCGUAUAAAGGACGCCGAAACAUCGAGGAAUAAAUCUUUACAACAUUAAAAUAUUUUCGUGUUAAAGAUCCGUACUUGUUAUUGAAGUUGUGUUUGAACAAGAAACUGAAACGAAUUGUUUUAUUGCUUAAUAUUAUAUUCUAAACUUGUUUUAUUAAAGUUGAUGGUUUUUAAGGAA